AGCUCUUCUUUACCUUGUAUUGAACUAAAAUCUAUAUAGUCCAACGCUUGGGAGAGAUGGCUCGGUUCGGUCUGGUCCUAGCCACGGCUCUUUGUCUCGCCGUCUCCAUGUUCCCUGACCUAACCACGGCUCAGCUGAUGCCCAAAUUCUACGCCAAGACAUGUCCCAACGUCGAACAAAUCGUCAGAAAUGUCGUCAAGAGAAAAGUCAAGCAAACCUUCGUCUCCAUCCCAGCCACUCUCCGCCUCUUCUUCCACGACUGCGCCGUCUCUGGAUGUGAUGCAUCGCUUAUGAUUCAAUCAACACCGAACAACAAGGCGGAGAAGGAUCAUCCGGACAACUUGUCAUUGGCCGGAGACGGGUUCGACGUGGUGAUCCAAGCCAAGAAAGCCCUCGACGCUAACCCUAACUGCCGUAACAAGGUCUCUUGCGCCGAUAUCCUUGCCUUGGCUACCCGAGACGUCGUCGUCGAAGCAGGAGGACCGUUCUAUGAAGUGGAGCUCGGAAGGUUCGAUAGUUUGGUGUCAAAGGCAGCCAGUGUCGAAGGAAACUUGCCCAAACCGACCGAUGAUCUUAACAAACUCAAUGCCCUCUUCAGUAAGCUGAAACUUAGCCAAGAUGACAUGAUUGCUCUCUCAGCGGCACACACCGUCGGAUUCGCGCACUGCAGCAAGGUGUUCAACAGAAUCUACAGCUUCAGCAAAACCAGCCCCGUGGACCCUACAUUGAACAAGACCUACGCCAAGGACCUUCAGAUGGCAUGCCCGAAGAAAGUGGACCCCAGAAUCGCCAUCAACAUGGACCCCACCACUCCAAGGAUCUUCGACAAUGUCUACUUCAAGAAUCUCCAACAGGGCAAAGGACUGUUCACCUCCGACCAGGUUCUCUUCACCGACAGCCGUUCUAAGCAGACCGUCAACGCCUGGGCCAAGGACCCGCAAGCGUUUAACCGCGCGUUUGCGACCGCCAUGACCAAGCUCGGCCGCUUUGGCGUUAAGAACCGCUUCAAUGGAAACAUCCGUCGCGAUUGUGGUCGAUUUAACUGAACAUGAUUCGGCCUAACCCAAAGUGUGAUCCCCCC